AUGGCAGACUGUUCCAAGAUCCGGAUCCAGCUUCGAGACGGCGCCAUUUAUGCCUCGAAGCAGGGCGACACAAUUCGCGCCCGCGGCGUGCGCUAUGCCAAAGCGACCCGUUUCCAACCCCCGCAACCUAUAGAGCCGUGGACCGACAUCGUGGACUGUACGGGCCCAGCGUCGAUAUGCCCUCAGAUGCCGUCUCGUCUCGAGGCGCUCAACGGCCCCAUCACCGCCGGCCACGCCAUGAGUGAGGACUGUCUGCACGUCAGUGUCUGCGCGCCCGCUACGGAUUUACCCGAAACAACGCCAAAAAUACUCCUGCCCGUCAUUGCAUUCCUCCACGGUGGGGGCUACACAUCCGGCGGCGGCGAUCUCGACGUCUACAGCGGCGCCGACCUGGCGGCCGCCGGCGGCGUCGUCCACGUCGGCAUCACCUAUCGACUCGGGAUCCUGGGCUAUCAGCCCAUCCAGGGCACGGCGCCGGGCAAUCUGGGCCUGCUCGACCAGAUGGCGGCGCUGCGCUGGAUCCGCGACAACGUCAGCAGCUUCGGCGGCGACGCCCAGCAAGUCACCCUCGCGGGCGCGUCCGCGGGCGCCGACUCCAUCUACUGCCUAUUCGCGGCCGACGGCGGCGAGUCCCUGUUCCAGCGCGCCAUUUUGCAGAGCGCCCCUCUCGGCGUCCGCCGCAUGGACCGCGGAGCCAUGGUGGAAGCGCUCGACAGCGCUGCGCAAGACGCGCUGCUCGGUAGCUGCUGCCCUGCCGAGACGGCGACGACACCGGAUGAGCUGUUGCAGGUGCAAAAGAAGCUGGCGCUCGCGUCGCGCAGCUUCGAGGCCCUGUUGAUGCCGUUUGCGCCUACACUCGGCCACGCGCCGCUCUGCAUCAGCGAGUCCGAAUUCGCCGCUCGCGUGCAGCGCGCUUUGACACGCAUACCCUUAUUCAUCGGCUACUGCCGCGACGAGGGCGUCGCCUUUGAGGCCAUCUUCAACGGCAUGCAUCCUGACGCGCGGCCAGCAAUCCCGACGACGGCGAGCGUGGUCGACUUCAUCAGCAGGUCGUGGUUCCAAGACGAUGCGGACAGGCUGUGGGAGCAAGCGCGCGCCGCGGGCGGCGAUCCCUGGUUCUACGAGCUGGCGGUUGCGCCGGCGGAAAGCCCGUUCAAGGCGGCGCAUACUAUGGAGAUGGCGUUUAUCCUAGGUGGCUGGGACGCCUGGAAGGAUGCGCCGAUGCUCAAAGGGAGUGACGGGGAGGCAUUGGUGAAGAAUGUUGGCGCAGAGGUCAAGAAGCUGUGGGUGGCGUUUGCGCGUGGUGAGGAUCUGGGCAGGACUAGAUUCCGGAUUGAUGAGCAUUUUCAGAUUUGA